CCCCGCUCCCAGCUGGCCCCCUCCCCGGGGCCCGCGGCCGGCGAGGGGGGCACGGGCGGCCGGGCAGCGGGCAGGGGAGGAGGGAGGGUGGCGCGGCCGAGAUUGGCGUGAAAAUGAUCAAGGGCCGCGGGCAGCGCCGGAGCGCAGCGCCCGUCUGAUGCCGCCCGCCCGGAGGCCCCGUCGAACAAAGGCGGCAUUGAGGCCGCGGCUGCGCCCCCCCCCCUCCGCUGCCCCCGCGCCCCCCCGAGCUGGCAUCUUGGCGCGACAUUAAUGAACUCGCCUGUUUGCGCUCCCCUGGCCCCUCUCUCCUCCCACCGCCCGGGGGGCACCGUAUAUAUCUGCCUCUCCUCGCCUGCCUCGGGCACUUCGGGGGUCCCCCCUGCCGCCCCCCUCGCCCGCCGGGGAUGGAGCGAGGAGCGAAGAGGACGGGGCCGGCUGUCCCUGCCGUCCGCCCCGGUGCCCACCUGCGGCCCGCGGCGCUCCUGCUUCUCCUGCACCUGCUGCAGCUGGCGGGGGGGGCCCCGCUGGGCCCGGCUCUCUACCCCAUGCCCCCCGGCGUCCUGCAAGCGCUGUCGAGCCGGGGGACGCUGGUGCUGGAGGCAGCACUGAGGAGUGCCCUGCUGGCGCUGGAGGGGGCCCUGGCUGAGCACCAGCGGCAGCGGGGCACCUGCGGGCUCUGUGCCCCCUGCCUCUUCCCACCCUGUGCCAACCUCACCCGCCGCUGCCCACCGCCAGCUGUGCCCCCCGCCGUGCCCCCCAGCUGCCAGGCCCUGCUCGACGCCCAGGCGCUGCCCGAGCUGCCCCAGCGCAACUGGGCGCUGAGCCAGGCGUGUGCCCCCUACCAGCGCCUGUGCCCACCCGAGGGGGCCCAGGGGGCUGCCUGCACCCCGCUCAGCGCCGGGCACUGCCGCCGCCGCCUCCAGGAGUGCCGGCUGGCGGCCGCUGCCCCGGUCCCCGACGCACCGGCGGAGGCAGCGACACCAGGGACCUGCGGGCGCCGAGCAGGCCCCCGCGCCAACGCCACGGCCCCCCGAGGACGCAUCAUGGGCGGCGGCGCGGCGGCACGGGGGGCAUGGCCCUGGCUGGUGUCGGUGCGGCUGCACGGGGAGCUGAUGUGCGGCGGGGUGCUGGUGGGGCACGCCUGGGUCCUCACCGCCGCCCACUGCUUCGCCGGGCACCAGACCGAGCUGGCGUGGACAGUGGUGGUGGGCGACCACGAGCUGAGCAAGCCCGACGCGGGCGAGCGGGCCGUGCCUGUCCGGCGCAUCCUGCCUCACCCCAAGUUCAACCCCAAGACGUUUCACGGGGACCUGGCGCUGCUGGAGCUGGCGGUGCCGCUGGCGCCGUCGCCCGCCGCGAGCCCCGUGUGCCUGCCCAGCGGCCCUGGCGAGCCCGGCCCCGGCACCGCCUGCUACAUCGCCGGCUGGGGCUCCCUCUAUGAAGAGGGGCCGUCGGCCGAGGUGGUGAUGGAAGCGCGGGUGCCGCUGCUCAGCCAGGAGACGUGCCGCGGCGCCCUGGGCAAGGACCUGGUCACCAGCGCCAUGUUCUGCGCCGGGUACUUAUCUGGCGGCAUCGACUCCUGCCAGGGCGACUCGGGGGGCCCGCUGGCGUGCCAGGACCCCUCCUCGCACCGCUUCGUGCUCUACGGCAUCACCUCGUGGGGAGACGGGUGCGGCGAGCGGGGCAAGCCGGGCGUCUACACCCGCGUCGCCGCCUUCACCGACUGGCUCAGCCUCCAGAUGGACCCCUCCCACGCCAGCCGGGAGCCCAGCUGCUUCGACCUGCUGGCGCUGGCCCAGCUGCCCCCCGAGCGGCAGCCCACCGAGCGCGCCCGCCUCUGCGCCUUCUACGCCGGCGCCUGCCCGGCACCACUGGGCCGGGCCGCCUGCGCCGGCCUCGCCGAGGAGACGUGCGGCGCCAGGAGGCGGCGGUGCGAGCUGCACGCCUACGCCCAGACCUUGGUGGAUCUCCUGCGCCGGGCCGGGGACUUCCUCCGAAAUCAGCUCGACUUCUCCUUCCUCACCCGCGCCCUGCCCCAGCUCGUGGGCAGGAUCUACAGGCACCUCUUCCCUGCCCGCGUCCGCAGGGAUGCCCCAGGCCCAGCCGUGGUGGGGGGCCAGCCCAGCCCCACGGCGGAGGGUGCACCAGGACCCCGGACCCCCCUCACCAAGCAGGGGGCCGGGUGGCCGCCCCCCUUCGCCGGGCUCUUCCAGGCUGUGGGGCCCCGGCUGCAGGACUGGGUGGAGGCGCUGAGGGCCAUGGCAGGGGGCAGCCCUCUGGCACCCACCCCAGAUGGGGAGCAGCUGCCUGGGGAGACGUGGCUCUUCCUGCAGGGCGAGGAGGCGGUGGAGGAGCUGGUGGGCCAGGGCAGAGCCUUCCUCACCCAGCUCCGGGCAGAGCUGGGCCUCGGCACCCACCUUGAAGCCACGGAGCCACGACAAGCGCUCGGAGACCCGGCAGGGACCACUGUGCCGAGCCGUGAGCCCCGGGAGGCAGGCAGGUUGGGGACGACGGGCCACUGGGGUUGGCUUUCACUGCCCGGCUUCGUGCUCGGCAACUGCGUCCCUGCUGGGGUUUUCACACCUCUCUCCGUGGCAGGGUCUGCAGCGGGUGGGCGCCCGAGAGAGAAACGCGACCUGGUGCCCACGUUGGCCAGGGUGGAGGAGGAGGAGGCAGGUGAGGGACGAGGCUGCCCCGGCCUCAAUGAGUCGGCGGUGAGGGUCAGCGCGGUGCGAGAGCUGUACGCCUGGGUGCUGCGGGUGCCCGAGCCGGACCUGGCCAUGACCUUCCAGGAGAUCCUGGUGGACUUGGGCUCCAAAAACUCCAAGGGGCUGUACCGGGCGCAGGUGCGAGCCACGGUGGGGGGCCGCCCCACGGCUUUCGCUGGCCUCGUGGGCCUGGAGAGCGACUCGCUGGCCCGCAGCAUGCCCGGACUGGUGGCCUUGGCGCUCGAGGCCUUGAAAACCUAACGGUGCUCGCUGUGCCCUGGGGCACCAUGCCAGCAUGGGGACACGGACUGAGGCAGGGGUCUCUCAUGUCCUCCAAGCCCCACUGCCCCCAGGCUCAGGCAAUUCCACGCUCUUGUUCCACGUCUUGCCUCGGUUUCCCUCUCGCUGCCAGCACUGCCCGACCUCCCCAGGGCAAUGGAGCAUCUCGGCCAGGGAUUGCAGCACUCCUCGCCCCUGGGAGCCCUGCCUUGGCCAGACCCUUCCCCCACUCCGGUUUCCCCAGCAUCACCCGGGCUGUUAUUUAUUUGUACAGAAAAGGGUUUAUUUUUCAAUAAAGAAGGGCUCUA